AUGUCCGGACGAAGUGCAUACGUGCGGAAGAAGAUCACAGAGACAAAGAGCAAGGAGAAAGGCACAGCCGCCAGAGCAGGACUCAAGUCGCCAGUACCGCCAGGCAAUUCUCGCGGUUCAGAAUAUGAGGACAGCCACGUUGUCGAUUACCUAGGGCCACAAGGCACUGGGUACGCGACCUCAAAUGGGCGGUUUCUCAAGUUCUCAGACACGCCGAGAGAUCCGGACACGAACUUCCGCAGCCCUCCAACAGCUUUCAGCACCUACAGCAGUGGAAGCCAGAGCGGCGCAAGUGAAGGGGGCAGACGUGAUGGCGCGCUGACAUACCAGGGGCCUAUGGACAACUUCGCAUACGCGCGAGUCAGAAAACCAACCAUCAAGACCGAGGAUGUGUCGGGUAUCGAAAGAUCGGGCUUUCGGUACGCCAUCGACAAGAAAAGCGACGAUGUAAGGAAAGGUCUCAGCAAGGCGUUCAGCUUUGGCAAGAAGUCCAAAAAGGGGGCCGAGUCCGAACCAAGAGCGCAAUCAGCCGCUGGCCAUUCUUAUAUGAAUGAUCAUGAUACUUAUGAGCAUAUGGACAUACCUCCGAUACCGACUUUGAGUCAGACCCAGCUUGAGGCAUGGGAUUCAGAAAAUGGUGUGCCACCGCCUCCGUCGAUGAAGCUUCCACCACUGCCUACAUCUGCCACGUCACCUUCCAUCAAGCGGUGGAUCGGCGCUGGCAGACCUGUGCAGAAAUGGAAUAAGUUGCGAAAGGAUCCAGAGCUCUGGGAUCCAAACGGCGACGUUCUGGUCUACCUGGGAUUUCGCGGUCAAAUACCAAGGCCGAACCCUUCGUUUCGCCUGUCAUCCCAUAUUAUUGAGUCAACCGAAUCUCGGGCCCUCAUACAGCUUCUUAGAGAGGGUUCUACGGAGGAUGACAUCCACAUGCCGCCCUCGCCUGCAGGCGCACCACCUAUGCUGUCCCGCCGUGGCAACCCGGCCUAUACUGCAUACGCCCAUGGUCGCGGCCAACCCACACCGCCGACUUCGGAAGAUGCCAGUCUGGUCGACGCGGACGGCCAGAUAUCCUAUGAGAUCUACUUCCCUACGCCUCCUGAGCUGACCAAGUCCGAAUCACAUCGUUAUGUCAUCACCACGCGUAAUGUGUUCGCACUUCUAUACCAGGCUUCCCUUGUUGGUGUCUCGCUUUACCAGGCUCUCUCCGAUCUGCAUGCCCGCCUCGAGGACUACAUGCCUCCAGAUGCCGACAACGUCGGUAUGAUUUUGAACUAUCUGUCGGUGCGCGGGAUCGAUGAUUGUCGAAACGAACCCGAGACGGCGCUAGCCCUUCUUGCCUGGUCCGAGUCUCCUGCCGUGAGAUGGGAAGAAGGCUGGCGGGAGGCCUUCCUUCACUGCGUGGGGACGUAUGGGCGGCUGGAACGGUGCGCGGACUGGAAACACAUAACCCCGAUCACUCGUGCGCUUCUUGAAAGAGCAUGCCUUGAGACUCAAUUGCGCGUGCAGUCCGCCGAGGAGAGACUGGCUGGAUUCGCGUAUGCCGACGUCUGGCCUCCUGGCGGACCUAUCGCAAAUAGCCCGGCUAGGGCGGCUGCGGACAGGCUGCAGAAGUUCUUUCUCUCGCACUGCACCACAUCAUUCGGAGAAUGGCCUCCACCUCCGUCCGGGGAGCCGUCAGCCGACGGCGAAGAUGUGUGGUUGACAAGAAAGGUAGCCCAAAAGCUUCAGAAAGAGUUCGGCGCUUUGUAUGACUAUCUGGUCAAUCGCGAUAUUGUCUGGGACGAGUCGGAGACCCGCAGUGGAAGGAAGUGGAUGAUGCUCUCGGAGAGUGGAAACAAGGCAUUCGACCCGGACACCGUCGACCUCCCAAUCCAGGAUUUGCUCAUUGAAUGGGACAACCGUUCGCGCUUCCCGCACAUUCCGCACCCCUAUCCUCUGGUCCCGGACUCCAUUCCGCCUCAGUCGACCCCAGCCUCAUCCCGUGAGAAGCUCAAGAAAUCUGACAAGGAAAAGAAUAAGGGGGCUGAGGAUCGUGCCCUUGAGCGUCGUGUCCAAUUGGCUUAUACCGAAGCUACCAACAUCUACAUUCUGGGUUCAGACUUUACGCAAUCUGACCUGAUUGACAGUUUUGUCAGGUUCGAGAAGUCAGACCAGAUUGGUGCCGUUGACCCAAUGGUCGCACGGCGUGGCCGCUGGGUGCUCAUCUACAUGAUCCUCCAGACGCUUGCCUCUGUAUCCGUCGACGCGCCGAAUGUCCGAUACAAGGAAAAUGUGACAUAUCACCUCUCACCCCGGUUGAAGGGCACCAAGAUACCGCCUUGGAAAGGAGUUUCGAACCCCGCCAUUGAGGCGGCUCACGAACUGUCCCAUUGCUGGCUUAUCCCUCAAACCUGGUCCGCCGGUGAGGCUACAGCAGCACCUGGGGAGAGAGUCAGCUCCAUGAUGAGGUUGAUGCGGGGACAUGGCCACCACUCUCCCCACCCACCGCCUAACGCAUCAACGAGCCGUUCUGGUAACUCGGGUUGGCACGGACUGAGUACACGAAGCGUGCGGUCCAGCGGGAUCGGGCCACCCUCCAGCAUCUACGGUGGCUCAUCGGCGAUGAGCACCGUCUCGGACGACUCUUCGAGCAUCCAGGCGGCAUCGGUACCGCUGUCCCAAGUCCGCAGCCGAGAGGGGUUGAAGAGUGCCCGCGGAUACGCGCCGUUCAGUGGUCGAGCUGAUCAGAAAGGGACCUCCCCAGACUGGCCGGCCAGGUCACAGAGCAUCCGGCAGAAUGCGGAUCUGACCAUGCCGUCAGCACCGCCGACAAGACCGCUCCCAUCACCGGCUCUCAACCCGAGAGUCACCGGGAACGGCGGGUUUCUGAACUUAGACGAGAGCCCUCCACAUCGUGUGAGCCGUUCGCGUAAUGGGAGGAGGAGGGACGAUGACUCGAGGGGGCUGACUCCUAUUAUUAGAGAUUUUGACGAGUUGGAUGUAGUCGAUGACCAUGAGCCGUGA